GCAUUACCGGAAGCGCUCGGCGUCCCGGGGCCGCUCCGGGAGCCGCUCCAGGAGCCGCUCCCCGUCGGACAAGAGGAAGCGCGAGGACCGGCGCUCCAGGAGCCGCGAGCGGGACCGCCGGCGGGACAGGUCACGCAGCAGGGACAAGAGGAGGUCUCGCUCACGGGACAGGAAGCGUCAAAGACGUUCGAGGAGCAGAGAAAGGGAGCGGAGCCGAGAGAGGAGACGGUCCCGGAGCCGGGAGAGGAGGCGCUCACGGAGCAGGAGUAGAGGGAGACGCUCCCGAUCCUCCAGUCCAAGCAAGAACAGGAAGACAGAAAACAGAUCAAGAUCUAAAGAAAAGACAGAUGGGGUGGACAUUUCCAAAGAAAAGAAAAAGGACAAAGAUGACAAAGAGGAAGAGAAAGACAAAGAUGCUACCACAAAUGCUGUGGCCACUGAGAAUUUUGAUCAGAAUAAACUAGAAGAAGAAAUGAGAAAACGAAAAGAAAGAGUGGAGAAAUGGAGGGAAGAACAACGCAAGAAGGCAAUGGAAAACAUAGGAGAGCUGAAAAAAGAAAUUGAAGAGAUGAAACAGGGGAAAAAAUGGAGCUUAGAAGAUGAUGAUGAUGAUGAAGAGGAAACUGCAGAAGGAGAAAAAGAAGGCAAUGAGGUUGAAGAUGAGGAAUUAGAUCCUUUAGAUGCUUAUAUGGAAGAAGUAAAAGAAGAGGUCAAGAAGUUCAAUAUGAGAAGUGUGAAAGGUGGAGGUGGGAGUGAAAAGAAAACUGGACCAACUGUUACCAAGGUGGUAACUGUGGUGACAACCAAAAAGGCAUCUGCUGAGUCAGAAAAGAAGAAAGGGGAACUCAUGGAGAAUGACCAAGAUGCAAUGGAGUAUUCCUCAGAAGAGGAGGAGGUUGACCUUCAGACUGCCCUGACUGGCUAUCAGACCAAGCAGAGAAAGCUGCUAGAACCAGUGGAUCAUGGAAAGAUAGAAUAUGAACCUUUCAGGAAAAACUUCUAUGUUGAAGUUCCAGAACUAGCUAAAAUGACUCAAGAAGAGGUCAACGUGUACAGGCUGGAGCUGGAGGGAAUUACAGUCAAGGGAAAAGGCUGUCCCAAACCAAUAAAAACCUGGGUACAAUGUGGUAUUUCCAUGAAGAUUCUCACUGCCCUCAAAAAACAUGGCUAUGAAAAGCCCACUCCCAUUCAAACCCAGGCUAUCCCAGCAAUUAUGAAUGGACGGGAUUUGAUUGGCAUUGCUAAAACAGGAAGUGGAAAAACGAUUGCAUUUCUGUUGCCCAUGUUCAGACACAUCAUGGAUCAGAGAGCAUUAGAAGAAGGAGAAGGUCCCAUAGCUGUCAUUAUGACACCUACACGUGAGUUGGCUUUGCAGAUUACCAAGGAGUGCAAGAAAUUCUCAAAGACUCUUGGACUUCGAGUUGUGUGUGUUUAUGGAGGAACAGGAAUCAGUGAACAGAUAGCUGAACUCAAAAGAGGUGCUGAAAUUAUUGUUUGCACACCUGGACGUAUGAUUGACAUGUUAGCAGCUAACAAUGGUCGGGUGACAAACCUCCGCAGAGUCACGUACGUUGUGCUUGAUGAAGCUGACAGAAUGUUUGACAUGGGGUUUGAGCCUCAGGUCAUGCGCAUUGUAGACAACGUCAGGCCUGACCGUCAGACUGUCAUGUUCUCUGCUACUUUCCCCAGAGCUAUGGAGGCCCUGGCUCGCAGGAUCCUCAGCAAACCCAUAGAGGUGCAGGUUGGAGGCAGGAGUGUUGUCUGCUCUGAUGUGGAGCAGCACGUGAUUGUCAUAGAAGAGGAGAACAAAUUUCUGAAGUUACUGGAGCUACUGGGACAUUAUCAGGAGAAAGGAUCUGUUAUCAUAUUUGUAGAUAAGCAAGAACACGCUGAUGGGUUGUUGAAAGAUUUAAUGAGGGCCUCUUAUCCUUGCUUGUCUCUCCAUGGAGGUAUUGAUCAGUAUGACAGAGACAGCAUCAUUAAUGACUUCAAGAAUGGAACCUGCAAACUUCUGGUGGCCACAUCUGUGGCAGCCAGGGGCUUGGAUGUGAAGCAGCUGAUGCUGGUGGUCAAUUACAGCUGUCCCAACCACUAUGAGGACUACGUGCACCGAGCCGGCCGCACCGGGCGAGCUGGCAAUAAAGGGUAUGCAUAUACAUUCAUUACUGAGGAUCAGGCACGUUAUGCUGGUGAUAUCAUUAAGGCUUUGGAAUUGUCUGGGAAUCCAAUUCCUCCUGAUUUGGAGAAGCUCUGGGCUGACUUCAAAGAGCAACAGAAGGCUGAGGGAAAGUUGAUUAAAAAAAGCAGUGGAUUCUCUGGCAAAGGUUUUAAAUUCGAUGAAACAGAACAGGCUUUGGCUAAUGAAAGAAAGAAGCUACAAAAAGCAGCUCUUGGCUUGCAGGAUUCUGAUGAUGAAGAUACAGCUGUUGAUAUUGAUGAACAAAUUGAAAGCAUGUUCAAUUCCAAGAAAAGAGUAAAAGACAUGGCAGCACCAGGAACAUCAAAUGCUCCUACACCAUCAGCUGGCAAUGCAGAAAAAUUGGAAAUUGCUAAAAGAUUGGCUUUGAGAAUCAAUGCCCAGAAGAAUCUUGGAGCAGAGGCACAAGUCAUGGUUCCCUUCCACUUUAAGGAUGUGAUGCAGCAGGCUACAAAUGCUAUCCUGAGAGGAGGCACAAUUCAAGCUCCUACUGUGUCUGCCAAGACCAUUGCAGAGCAGCUGGCUGAAAAAAUCAAUGCCAAGCUCAAUUAUGUACCCAUAGAGAAGCAGGAGGAAGAGAAACAGGAUGGAGGACAGAAUGAAUCCUUCAAGAGAUAUGAAGAAGAAUUAGAGAUCAAUGACUUCCCACAGACUGCCAGAUGGAAAGUUACCUCCAAAGAAGCACUGCAGAGAAUCAGUGAAUAUUCUGAAGCUGCCAUUACAAUCAGGGGAACUUAUUUCCCUCCAGGCAAAGAACCCAAGGAAGGAGAACGAAAGAUUUAUUUGGCUAUUGAAAGUGCCAAUGAACUUGCUGUACAGAAAGCAAAGGCAGAAAUCACACGACUUAUAAAAGAGGAGCUCAUCAGAUUGCAAAAUUCUUACCAACCAACCAACAAAGGAAGAUACAAGGUUCUAUGAGCAUUUGGAGUUAUUUGUCUGCUAGCAGCUGGUGCAUGAAACUUUGUGGCUUCUGUUGUUUUUGCUGUUUACACUGCUUAUUGUAAAUUAAGAAAAUUUUUUAUUUCAUCUUGCGGACAUUUUUUUAACAGAAAAUUGAUACUUGCUGAAGCAUCUUAAUUCUCUCCACUAAAGUUAUCAGUCUUAAAGCCAGACCAGUUUUGGUGGAACAUGAUUUAAUUUGAAAGUGCAGUUUAUACACUUUUCAUCAUAAAGAAUAUGAAAUAAACUGACUUUUUUUGACAGA